GCGCAAACAACACAUCAAAACUCACUCAAAACUAGCCUACCAGCCCAUACAGGCUACGUGGGAUCUGUACUUGCAGUGUACGACUACCUUCUGCAACGUCGCGCGGAUUGGACGACGGCAAGUGUGGGUGCAGACCAGUGCAGUGUGCAGCGGUCGAUUUGCGGCGCCGGUAGCUACAGAGCGCCAGUACUGGUCGGACAGUGGAUUGGCUGCGCGGACUCACAAGAAAUAAUGGACGAGCUUGCCCGUCUCCAAGGCGCGACGCCGGCGUCGGUCGGCGCCAGCACCGACGAAGCGAGCAGGCUGCGCCGGGCCAUCCAGGGCGACGGGAGCAUGGUCGACGCGGCGGCGCUCGACCGGCUGAAGGACUUUUGCGUCCUGGAGCAGCUGGCCGAGACGGCGAAGAAGGCCGUCGAGGCCUGCGCAAUUCCCGGGGACCAGGCGUGCUACAUCUGCUUGGAUGAUGGCGGGAGCGAGGGUUUGGUGAGGAUGUGCGCGUGCCGCGGCAAUACGGGCGUCGCGCACCUGUCUUGUUUAGUAAAACAAGCACAGCUCGCGACGGAAAAGGACGGCUCCGAGACGGAGUCGACCGAUAGCGAGGACGACGACUGGCCUUCUGAAUUAUGGGACACGUGCGGCCUCUGCGAGCAGGAGCACCACGGCCUUUUGAAGUGUGCGCUCGGCUGGGCCUGCUGGAACACGUACGGGAGCCUGCCGGAGCAUCGCGCGACGAGACGGGGCGCUCUGACCAUCCUCGGCAACGGCUUGUUAGCAGCAUCAUAUUACGACGAGGCCCUGGUGGCCUACCAGUGCUGCCUCGUCCACCAACGUCAAGUGGGAGGGAGCGUCGUCGGGCGCUGCUGGAACGGCAAUCUGGCCGUGUGCUUCCAGAAGCUGGGCCGGCACGCCGAAGCGCUGAGUCUACAGCGGGAGGUCUAUGCGUUGGGUUUGACCUUAGGUGGGACAAUCGAGGAGCGGGCCUACGACGCGGCUAAUUUAGCCGAGUUUUUGGUCGACGCGGGCGAAUUCGACGAAGCUAAACAAUUCAUGCGCGACAAGACGCCGGAAAUAAGGGCCAGUCUUGGUGGAGACCACUGCGCCGUGCUCGACCUCGAGACGUACUAUGGGCGGGGCCUCUUUACGAAUCCAGAUGCUAUGAAUGAUGAUCUGGUCGAGGCUGAAAGUGUACUAGAUGACGUCUUGACACGGUGUCAACGGAUCCUAGGGACGGAGCACCCGGACACGCGGCGAGCCAGAGAACUCCUAGAUGGCGCUCGAAAAGCGCAGGCCAACGACGGGGCGCGGCUCAAGAAGCGGUGUGCCGCGCAUUUCACGAAAAUCCACUCGAAUCCCUUGGAGUACUGUGAAAAGAACUGUUUGUUGUACGAGCAGGGCCGCAUCGAUCUCGUGUGGAGGGACUGGCAGUUGUUAGGUGACGCGAAGACGAAACAAUUGGACCGAUGUGUCGGUAAGAGAUUAGGAUCGGCGUUUUCAUUUAGAAGGGAUUUGAUCGCUCUCAAGAAGAUUUUACUACGUUUGUUCAACGAGGGCCGAAGACUGGAGACGAGUCUGGCUUCAUUAGGUUCCUACUUUUUUAGGGAUGAGAAUGCUAUACCUAGAGGAGGCCACCGCGACCACGUGUGGAACGCGGCCGAAAUACAAUAUGCCGAGUUGUCGGAUGCUUUACAUAAACUGAGAGGUUGUUUAAAAGCCUUACAGGAUGCGCGCGACGUGACCAAAUCUACUUGCUGUUUACCCCGCGUUCAAGGUGUUGAGAGACAACAACGCCUUUGUAACUUAGUCAAGGACGGCUGCGCGGCGCGACUGUUGAAGCGCGCAGCAAAGGCCGCGCCGGAACUGAAGUUCGAGCUGCAGGACGCCCAUAGGUCACUGGUCGAGCACGACGAGGACGACGACGACCGCGUUUCGAGGGAGCCCGCGCGCACCGUCGUGGAUGCGUUGGACGCGACGGCCUGCACUCGUGCGGAACAAAAGUACGCCCUAGCUGUCGUCGAGUGUCGCGGCGGCCUUAAAGCUCUCUCGAUCCACGAACAAAUGGUCGUGUACGCGCGGACCCUAAGACACGCCCCCGAGGUCUUAGAAAGGACCGCCUCUUCUCUAGAAAAGAUUGAUAGAGACACGAACGCCAAGGCUACAUCCCUCGAAACGAAUGAGAGCUACCCGUUGUUAGCGAGGGCGUUGCGAGUACGCAAGGAGCACAUCGCGUGCCGCGCGGCGGCGGCAACUUUGAAAGGUGUGCGGCUUUGUUGUGACGCGGCGUUGGCGAACGACGGCGGGCCGUUAUUUGAUGCGGGCGACGACGGGCCCGUCGCGCUUCCACCAAAGUUCAGCGCCGUCGCGGCCGGUGUCGUACGAGCUAGGGAGAUUUGUCAGAGGUACGACUACGAGGCGGAUAAACGGGUGAAGGAGGAGGGCUGGCCGCCGCCGAAAGAAUCGGGCCGGUGCCGCGUCGCGCGCGUCCACUUGGAUGGCACGGCGUCUUGUUGGAGAUGCAAAGGUUCUACAUUUCUCGACGCGUGGUGUCGAGAUGGGGUCUGCUGGGGCUGUGCACGGAUUACGCGACAAGAGGGCAUGUGCGCGCGGGGCGCGGCGUGUCCUUUACGGAAACGAAGGCAGCGCGGCUUUUGCCACCAUGCUAAAAGGUGUGUCGUGUGCGACCAGCACUCGUGCGAGAAGUGCGCGUUGGUUCGAGGUGAUGGUGAUGAUGUGGCGCGCAUCGCGCGGCAUCUAGGCAGCGAAGCUUUUGUCAUUGUGGAUUUUGAUAGGACGCUGUGCUCGACGCGGGCCGGCGCCGACCCGUCAAUCAUAGGCAAGAAGAAGCCGCCCGUCGCCGACGAAGCUUUAGUCGAGCUCCUCGCCUCCACGAAGCGCGGCGUCGUGCUCACGCGCAAUUCCCAUAGAGACGGCAUCCGCACGUUUCUGGACGACCGGCACCUCGGCCACGUCGCGGUGCGCUCCGCGAAGCUGGAGCAGACGUCGAAGGCCGCUAUAUUAAAAGAGCUCCUCGACGCGCAGGACGCGCGCUUCGCGAAUCGGCCGGUUCCCGGCACGCACGGCGUCCGCGCGGUCUACGCGGACGACGACGUCCACGAGUUGUGUGAGGAGGGCGUCGCGGCGCUCUCGCGGGCGGGGCGCGUGGUGCGCGUGUUGUUCGCGCCCGGUGGGGUUGGGUAGUGUUUUGUGGUUUUGU